GCGCGCUCGGUCGCUCGCCCUCCCCGCCGCCCCGAUCCUGUAAAUAGCGUUGCUUGACGGGGUCUGGCGGCUGCUCGUCGUGGCGUAAGUCGAGCAGGGCUGUCGUUAAGCCGUGCUCUACCAUUAAGGUUUUUAAUCAUGCUGCAAGCAUUCAAACACACGGGGGGUCAGUUUGAGAGACAGCUUUCAAGAUGGCAGCAUUAUCAUAAGUCUGUCCUGGCAAUCAGGAGGGAGGAUGUUAAUGCCUGGGAAAGAAGAGCCCCUCUAGCACCACGCCAUGUCAAGAUGUUGACCAACUUGGGGUACAAAGUUCUGGUGCAACCAUCCAAUCGUAGGGCCAUCCAUGAAAAGGACUAUAUUAAAGCUGGAGGCGUUAUACAAGAAGAUAUUUCCCAGGCUUGCCUUAUUGUGGGUGUGAAGAGGCCUCCAGAAGAUAAGCUAAUUCCCAACAAGAACUAUGCAUUCUUCUCUCAUACUAUCAAAGCUCAAGAGGCAAAUAUGUCCUUGCUGGAUGAGAUCCUAAGCAAGAAUAUUCGAUUGAUAGAUUAUGAGAAAAUGGUGGAUCACAGAGGAGUGCGAGUUGUAGCCUUUGGAAAGUGGGCUGGAGUUGCAGGUAUGAUCAAUAUUUUACAUGGAAUGGGAUUACGUUUUCUGGCUUUGGGACAUCAUACUCCAUUCAUGCAUAUCGGUAUGGCCCAUAAUUAUAGAAAUAGCAGCCAGGCUGUUCAAGCAGUUCGGGAUGCUGGCUAUGAAAUUUCCCUAGGCCUGAUGCCAAAAUCUAUUGGACCGCUCACAUUUGUGUUUACAGGUACUGGUAAUGUCUCUAAGGGUGCCCAGGAAAUGUUUAAUGCUCUGCCUGGUGAGUUUGUGGAGCCCCACGAAUUGAAGGAGGUCUCUAGAACUGGAGACCUUAGAAAAGUAUACGGAACAGUACUAAGUCGACACCAUCAUCUUGUAAGGAAAAGUGAUGGGGUAUAUGAUCCAGUAGAAUAUGACAAGCAUCCAGAACUCUACACAUCACGGUUUAACACUGAUAUUGCACCCUAUGCUACUUGUGUGAUAAAUGGAAUCUACUGGGAGCAGCAUACCCCACGCUUGCUAAGCAGACAGGAUGCACAAAAGCUUUUGUCUCCUCUCCAGCCUUCUCCUGCUGCUACAGAGGGUUGUCCUGAAUUGCCACACAAACUUGUUGCGAUAUGUGACAUCUCAGCAGACACUGAAGGAUCUAUAGAAUUUAUGACAGAAUGUACAACAAUUGACAGUCCAUUUUGUAUGUAUGAUGCUGACCAACAUAUUAUUCAUGACAGUGUGGAGGGAUCUGGGAUUUUGAUGUGUUCUAUUGAUAACUUACCAGCCCAGCUUCCUAUAGAGUCAACAGAAUGUUUUGGAGAUAUGUUGUUCCCUUAUAUUGAAGAAAUGCUCCUCUCUGAUGCUUCAGAACCCCUGGAAAGCCAGAAUUAUUCACCUGUAGUUAGAGAUGCAGUGAUUACAUCCAAUGGUUCACUGACUGAUAAGUAUAAAUAUAUCCAGAAACUGAGGGAGAGCAGGGAAUAUAUGCAAUCCCUGACCAUGGAUAAGAAGAAGAAGGUUUUGAUACUUGGAUCUGGAUAUGUUUCUGGGCCUGUAAUAGAAUAUCUUACCAGAGACCCCAGUGUUGAAAUAACAGCAGUUUCUUCGUUGAGCCUUUGUCCUAGAACAGCCUCCCUGAUGAAGAUUCAACUUGAGCAGUUGUCCAAGAAAUACAGUAAUGUUGUUCCCAUCAUUAUGGACAUCACAGAGGAUGCGAAAUUAUCAUCACUGGUGAAGAAACAUAAUCUUGUUAUUAGUUUGUUGCCAUAUUCAUUCCAUCCUUUAGUUGCUAAGAAAUGCAUUGACAGCAGAGUGAAUUUGGUGACUGCGAGUUACCUGACGCCUGAAAUGAAAGCGCUACAGGAAAGCGCAGAGGCAGCUGGCAUUACCAUUAUCAGCGAAAUGGGUUUGGAUCCUGGUCUUGAUCAUAUGCUGGCAAUGGAAUGUAUUGAUAAAGCAAAAGAAGUGGGUGCUACGGUGAUAUCCUACACUUCCUUCUGUGGAGGCUUGCCUGCUCCUGAAUAUUCUGACAAUCCCCUGAGAUACAAAUUUAGCUGGAGUCCACAAGGAGUCCUACUAAAUACAGUGCAACCAGCAACAUAUUUAAAAGAUGGAGAGAUUAUUAAUAUUCCAGCCGGAGGAGCUUUGCUUGAUUCUGUUACUGUCAUGGAUUUUUUCCCAGGAUUAAAUUUGGAAGGUUUUCCAAACAGGGACAGUACAAAAUAUGCUGAACCUUAUGGUAUUCAAUCAGCUCACACUCUCUUAAGAGGAACUUUAAGAUACAAGGGUUACUGUAAAGCUAUAGAAGGUUUUGUGAAAUUGGGACUAAUAAAUCCAGAACCAUGCUCUAUGCUUAGUGUGACUGCGCCCUCUAUAAAAUGGAAAGAGCUAAUGUGUAAGUUACUUGGACUUCAGCCCUCUAUCAAAUAUGAUGAACUCCGACAGGCUGUCUACAAUCACCUGAAUGAGAAUGAAAAACAGUUGGAAACAGUGGAAUGGUUGGGAUUACUUGGAGAUGAACCUGUUCCAAUAGCACAUAGUAUAGUGGAGGCACUGGCCAAGCACAUGGAAGCCAAGCUCCCAUAUGGCUCUGGAGAGCGAGAUAUGAUAGUUAUGAGGAAUGAGAUAGGAAUUAGGCAUCCAUCUGGUCAUCUGGAAGAUAAAUAUGUCAAUCUCGUAGUAUAUGGAGAUGAUAAAGGAUAUUCUGCAAUGGCAAAAACUGUGGGGUACCCUACUGCUAUUGCAGCAAAGAUGGUUCUAGAGGGGGAAAUUAACACCAAAGGUAUGAUCGUCCCAUUGACAAAGGAUAUAUAUGGACCAAUACUUAAGCGUGUUCAAGCUGAAGGCAUUGUAUACACAACCCAGAAUGUUAUCAAGCAAUAAAGCAGACUUCAUGUUUCCCCUCAACCACCCAUCCACUGAGUUUCUAGUAUGCACAAAUUGAAGGUUGAAAAUCUUGUUUCUGUUCUGUUGAGAACCUCCAGCCUUUGGUUAAGGCUUUCACAUGAGGUUAUCUUUCUGAAUUGUGUUCACUAAAGGCCGCAGUCCCAACUAGACUUAUAUGGAAGCAAGUCUUAAUGACUUCUGAGUAGGCUGUGCUGUUUGUGUGCUGAUCCCAAGUGUUUAUCGUAGUAUGGGAUGGUAUCUCUCUUCAGAAAUUCAGAAUUUUUAUACUGAAGGCAGGGCUCUUCAGGCAGUGCCAAAGUAUUUUUAAUUGGUUCAUAAAUGCUGAAAAAUUGCUGCAUAUGGUAAAUGUUAGACUAUUUUCCAGUACAGUAUUUCCCUUUAAAAUGUGCAGAACAGAAUGGGACUCUAAAUUUAGAAUGCUUUUCUCUUUCAUUCAUUAGGUAUGAAGGAGAUUGUGAUCUGAGUGCCCAAACUACUGAUUUUGAAAAGCUCUCAUUUCACCCAGAUAUGGUUAUGUUAAGAAGUUUUGUUAUACAUUCUUAGAAGACUAUCUAUCUAUAUCUAUCUACCAUCUAUUUAUCUAUCUAUCUAUCUAUCUAUCAUCUAUCUAUCUAUCUAUCUAUCUCUAUCUCUAUAUAUCUAUAUCUCAUCCAUCCAUCCAUCCAUCAUCUGUCUGUCUAUCUAUCAUUUUGAAAAGCUCUCAUUUCACCCAGAUAUGGUUAUGUUAAGAAAUUUUGUUAUACAUUCUUAGAAGACUAUAUCUAUCUAUCUAUCUAUCUAUCUAUCUAUCUAUCUAUCUAUCUAUCUAUCUAUCUAUCUCUAUAUAUCCAUAUCUAUAUCUGUAUCUGUAUAUCUAUAUCUAUAUAUCUAUCUAAUCCAUCCAUCCAUCCAUCCAUCCAUCAUCUAUCUGUCUGUCUGUCUAUCUAUCAUCUAUCUAUCUAUCUGGUAACUCAUUUCUCUAUGAGCCAAUUUUGUAGUCACUCUGUGAUUUGAUCCAUAAGCUUGAUGAGCACCUACACUUAUUCCUUGCAUAACAACUAUGGAGUCAAAAGUAGCUUGGCCACUCUUAAAACUUAAAAUAAUGUUGUUGAGCAUUUUACUGAGUUGCUAGCUCAGUCUAGGCAUUUCCAGUUGGGUAACAGAGCUGGAAAAGAUCUCUGUCUGGAACUCUGAAGACCUUCUACUCCAAAGGAGACCUUAAUGUGCAAUAGGCCAGCCUUUCCUAACCUGGUUAUCCUCCAGCAGUGUUGAGACUGCAAUGCUCCAAAUUCUUAGACUGUAUGAACAAUUCUUUGAAAACCAUAGAAAUUGAUACAGCUGUAACAGAGAUGCAGUGUUAUAGCCAAAGGGAAAUCUAUUUUUCAAUUGCACUGUUAAUUUCUAGAAGUUAAUCAAUGGCAUUUUUCUAUGUAUUGAGAAUAUGAUUAUUCUAGACCAAUGUUCUCAACCUCGGCAACUGUAAGAUGUGUAGACUUCAACUCCCAGAAUUCCCCAGCUGCUGAGGCUGAGAAACACUGUCCUAGCACUUCAAUAAUAUACAUUGAAAAUCCUGUUGUGGAGGGGAAAAAACUACUUUGCUUCACAUUUGCCAAAUGUUACAUUGUUUGAAAAUAUGUUCUAUUGGGCAAUAUCAAAAUACUGAAGUGUUAUGGAAAGUUGCCAAUUAGUGUAUUUAUUAGUGUUCUGCAGUGCCUUGUAAGGUCUUUACUUGCUUCAGAAUUGGAGAGGAAACAAUAUAUUAGGUAGAUGUCUUGUAUAUAAGACAAUCUGAAGAGUUCUUGUUCUGUAACCGACUUUCAGAUCAGUGUCACACAAAUAAUAUGAGCUGAUUUCUUUUAAGUGGAGACAGGCUGGGUCGAGGGAGCAGCCAGGACUUUUUCCUUAAAACUAUUCUGGAAUGAAGAAAAGUAAUUUUUUUGUAUCUCAGGGAGGAAAAAAAAUAUAUGAGGGGAAUUCAUUUGGAAGCACUGAUGAAAACUCAGUGUGAUAUGGAAGAAGAAUGUGGAGUCCAUGCUGAAAUCUGUGGCCAUACAUUGCUGUCAACUCAGGUAGCUAAAUUAAUGCCAAAAUAAUUUUCCCAGCAGCUUUAAUUCCAAGGUACAAUGAGUAUUAUCUGUGGCUCUUUUCUUAGUAUUUUUGGAAUUAGUUGAAUCUGCAAAUACUAUAUUUAGACAUGGGUCCCAGAUAUUUUGGUGUUUUAGGUCAGAGCAAUGUUUAAUACUGUUGUAACAGCACAAUCCUGUGCACAUUUACUGAGAAGAAAGUUCCACUGUAGCCAGGCAAUAGAAUGUGUCUAUAGCAUUGUGUCUAUAGAUUAUAGGCUUUCAGUGUGUAUAGGAUUGCGGCAUUAAUAUCCCUAAUUCCCAUUUUUUUGCUUCUUGCUGAUGGUAACAGAACAUGGUUUCUAUUUGAAACUGUUUAAUUUUUCAAUGCAAUGUCCAAUGUUCUUUGUCUGCCUUUUGUGGUCACUGAAAAGUAGGGAAAAGUAAUUGAGCAAAAGAGAUUCACUGGAAAUGUAGUGAAACUAUUUACACUCAGCAAAUUUUGCAGACAGAAUUCUGAAGGCUGCUAGCCUACAAAUAAUUUGCCAGCUGAUUUGAUAAUAACUUGCCUCAAUUUGUACAGUCUCUUUAAUGUAAAAAACCGUUCCAAAAUAAAUCCAAAAACUUUAAA